UUUUGCUCGGGCGCGGGGAGGAGAAAUGGCGGGAAAACUUGGCGCCAUCUGCUCCUCCCGCCUCGCCGCCCCUGUAUUUAACCACCAUGGCCGCCGCCUCCGCUUCCCCUCAAUCUCACCCGCUCCACUCCUCCGCAUCUCGCACCACCACCUGCGGCAGCGAGCCCUCUCACCCAUCGUCGCCCCUGCCAUGGCCACCGCUUCCAACGGCAACGCCACCGCCGCCGCUGAACACGAGCCCCCGCACAAGGUCGCCAGGGUCGCGCCCCUGCUCAAGGUCAAGAAGCUCUCCGAGAAGGCCGUCCUGCCGUCCCGCGGCUCCGCCCACGCCGCCGGCUACGACCUGUCGAGCGCGGCGGAGGCGGUCGUGCCGGCGAGGGGCAAGGCGAUGGUGCCCACCGACCUCAGCAUCGCCAUCCCGGAGGGCACCUACGCGCGCAUCGCGCCGAGGUCGGGGCUGGCGCUGAAGCACUCGAUCGACGUGGGCGCGGGAGUGAUCGACGCGGACUACCGUGGCCCGGUGGGGGUCAUCCUGUUCAACCACUCCGACGCCGACUUCGCGGUGAAGCCCGGUGACCGGAUCGCGCAGAUGAUCAUCGAGGUGAUCGCGACGCCGGAGGUCGCCGAGGUGGAGGACCUCGACGCCACCGUGAGGGGAGAGGGAGGGUUCGGAUCCACCGGCGUCUGAGGCGCCAUCGCUCUCUCCUUUUAGAUGAUGGGUGAUGUCGUGAUGAAACACUUUGUAUCCUUUGUACGCUUCGGAUGCGUUUGUGGUGUAGAAUGGAAUCAUCUGGUACUACCGAAUUGGCAUGGCUAUAUUAUCAGUUGCUUUGUUCACCCUCCUGAAAU